AUGACUUAUCGUUCAAAAAUUUUACCACAUAAAUUCACAAAACAAGAACAAGAAUUACGUAUAAUUACAAAUCCACUUGAAGAAACUCGAUUAAAUUUACUUGAUCAGGAUGACUAUCAAGCUCCAUUAACUGCGCAUACACUUGUACCAAAUUCAAAAUGGAUUAUAGUACGACAUAAUUUACAUAAAAUUCGUAGUUGGGGUGGAAUUGAUACAUCUCAAGUUGAUGAACGAUUUCGUGACUGGUAUAUAUUUCUUCAAAUGAGACGUGAAUUACGACGUGCACACGAAGAUAUUAGACAAAUUGGAGAUCGAUCAGAUUUUGUUCCUGUUCCUUAUUUUAGAUUACCUAUUGAUCCAAUACAUACUCGACGUUUCGAUGUAUCACAUGUACAACCAUCAGAUGUAUUGCAUUAUCCAAGUCUUGGUCGUGAUCCUAUCGUUUUACAAUCAUUGCUUUAUUAUUUUUCAAAAGAAUGUGCCGUACCGUACGAUAGUAUAUUUCGAGCAUUUUUAUCUAAUAUUUGUUUGAUUUUAUAUCGAGAUCGACAACGUAUUCAUCGAGUUGCUGUUUUGCGUAAAGUAGCAUUAGUUAUAGCAAUAAUUGUUUUUAUUAUUCUUGGUCUUAUGCUAAUUUCAUUGAUUGUUAGUGUAUUAGGAACAACAUCAAAUUUAAAAGACAUGUACAGAAAUGAUGUUGAUGGAGGAAUUGAAUGGCGUGAAUCUGCAACAACUAUAGAGACAACCUUACAUUUUUCAUAA